CAUAGAGCCCAUCAAGCAUAUAGAUUCCAGCAGGAUGGCGUUGCGUUCGUUCAAAUCGCUGCCAUGUGACGGACUCUAAGUCCCAUAGCCCCCCAAUUGUGACCCAAUUCGAUGAGCAAUUGCGUCUGCGUGUGUGUGUGUGUGCGGGGCUCUUGGCCAUUUAACGAUUAGUGGCCAUAACGGCAAAGUGUUUGUUUAUUUUGUUGUGCGACCGCAGAAACGAUUCCAAAAAUGAUUGCAUAAUUGACUUUUGAGGGGGGACAAAUCGCGCUAGACGCUCAGCAUAAAUUUCGGCUUGUGUUCCCAUACCGUUUGUGAUUCCAAAACAAUUCGUGAGCCAUGAAGAAGCUUCACCUGGGUGCCAAGCACAAGGGCAAGUCCUACAAGCCCUUCAGGAAUAAGAAUCGUCGGCCACCGUCACCAUCACGUUCAUUUCCACCAUCACCAACUUCAUCAGCAUCGCACCAUCUGCUGGUGCUGGUGGUGCUGUUGUCCUCGCACAGGAUCGUCGGAAACAUCGCCAAAAUAUCUUCGUUCGAGGAAGACUACCGGGCUGACAGGCCCAUGGUGCAGCGCGCCUCUUCCUCGGAUGCACCCUCCGUUCAGGGUGGCCAACAUCGAGAGUCUCGAUUUGGCCUUGGAUACCCCUCCUACCAGAGUGGAUACAACAAACUAUUCACACAGGGUUCUGCCGACUCGAACUACUCACAACCGUCAUCCGAUCUGUCGCUAGACGAGGAAAAGGAAUCGCUUCGGCGAGAAAAGGAACGUCAGGCCUUAAGCCAGUUGGAUAAAGCGAGGAGCAAACCAGUGGCGUUCGCUGUGCGAACCAACGUAGCAUACGAUGGCGCCAUCGACGACGAUUCGCCGGUGCAGGGCGGAGCAGUUUCGUUCGAGAUCCGGGAGUUCCUGCACAUCAAAGAGAAGUACGACAAUAACUGGUGGAUCGGCCGGCUGGUCAAGGAGGGCUGUGACGUGGGCUUCAUACCCAGCCCCGCUAAGCUAGACAACAUUCGCAUGCAGAACCAAACCAGACCCUCAAGACUGUAUGGCACAAAGGGCUCGUCGAGCGGGAAUCUUGGUGCGGGCGGACAAGCAGGUGACGAAUCAGAUUCCAUGGGACCAGGACGACACGGCAAGACACCGGCGGCGGCGGCCAACAAGGAGAAGCGAAAGCCGUUCUUCAAGAAACAGGAGACGGCCAGUCCCUACGACGUGGUGCCCUCGAUGCGUCCCGUUGUCCUGGUGGGGCCCAGUUUGAAGGGCUACGAGGUGACCGACAUGAUGCAGAAGGCCCUCUUCGACUUCCUCAAGCACCGCUUCGAGGGCCGCAUCAUCAUCACCCGGGUGAUGGCCGACAUCUCGCUGGCCAAGCGCUCCAUCAUGAACAAUCCCUCGAAGCGGGCCAUCAUGGAGCGAUCCUCCAGCCGGAGCGAUUGCCUCGGCAAGGUGCAGGAGGAGAUCGAGCGCAUCUUCGAGCUGGCCCGCUCGCUCCAGCUGGUCGUGCUCGAUUGUGAUACAAUCAAUCAUCCGUCACAACUAGCGAAAACUUCAUUAGCGCCAACAAUAGUGUACUUAAAGAUUAGUAGUAGUAAGGUUUUACAGCGUUUGAUCAAAUCACGUGGCAAGUCGCAGGCGAAAAACCUCUCCGUUCAAAUGGUUGCCGCCGAGAAGCUAGCCCAAUGUCCACCGGAUAUGUUCGAUGUAAUCCUAGACGAGAAUCAGCUGGAAGACGCCUGCGAGCACAUUGCCGAGUACUUGGAGACGUACUGGAAGGCCACCCACCCGGACAUUCGAGCAGUGCCGCCCAUCGCCCGCCCUCUGCCGCAGGAGGCCUCGCCCUCCGCAGAUCCUGCACGUCUGGGACCGACGCCUCCAGUAGAUGGCGAGGAGUUUGUCGAUGAGCAGGAUCCCAGGAUGGGCAUGUCCGGCGGAGAGCGCGAGGGAAGUCGGGAGCGAGACCGCGAUAGCAGGGAGAGGGAGAGGGAGCGCGAACGGGAGCGGGAUUACUGGGAUCGGGAGUUCAACAGAGAUCGCAGCUCCAAGGAUCGCGAAAGGGACCUCGAGUGGGAGCGGGAACGGGCUCGCGAGUGGGAGAGAGAGCGGGAACGAGAUUGGGAUAGGGAGUUCGAUUGGGACCAAGGAGGAACCUCUUACCAGCACAGCCGCCGACAACCGACCUCGGUACGCCACCAGGAGCGCGGCGGUGGAGUGGGCGCAGGCGGCGGAGGUGGAGGCGUCGGCGGUGGCUACGAGCGGGACCGCGAACGGGAGCGGUACGAAAGGCGCGAGCGGGACCUCAUGCACUACGAUCUCAAUAGCGACGAGCUGCUGGACGAGCGCAACUUUGAGUAUCCGGCGAUGAGGAGCGGUCCCAGCGGCGCCUCCCACCACGGCCAUCUGUCCAGGGGCGGACGCCUGCUAGAGGAUCCGGACUUUGAGCGCGAGGAGGCCCAGAUGCGGAUGAGCAGCUCACGCUACGGACCCUCGACCAGGAUCGACGACCCACGGGAUCUGCCGCGUGGCGCCACCGUUGUCGAUCGCGAUGAAUACAGUCCGCACAGAGGUGGUGGGAGUAGUAGGAGAAUGCUUAAUGCCAUGUCCAGACCUUUAGGUCUGCCGCGCCAGUCCUCCCUGCCCAGCAAUAGAGCACCCGUGUCCUAUUUGCCACGUCAGUCCUCCCUGGGCACACACUGGCUGUCCUCCUCCUCGCAGAGCAACCUGGAUCAAGGGCCCCAAUCUCGCCGAGAGCUUUAUCCACUGCUGCAUCAGCCGCAGUCCUAUUCCCAGCCUCGAUCCCAGUACACCAGCCACUCGUAUACAGCCGCACCACAGCACACCAGUCAGUCGCGUUCCCAGUCCCAGUCGCACUCCCAGUCCCACUCUCAGUAUCGCUACUCCGUGCAGGAUACAUCGUUUGCCCACCCACCAAGAUCCCUGCGCGAGGAAUUCCUCAGUCCCACCAUGAGCAAGGUCGAAGCUGUCACCCAUGCCAUUCGCAACAAGAUCAUCGUGGAGGAGGACGAAGAGGAUAUCCUGAGCACGGAUCGGUUCUAUUAAAGAGAUUUCAGUCGCCACCCCGCGGGAAAGCAAGUGCAGCAGUGCCAAAACACACGACACAUUUGUAAAUGUUCCAUUCGAUGAUCAGAUCAAUUUGGUAGAUACAGCAACAAAGUUACAAACACACACAAACAGGAACACACACACACACACACAAAGUAGCUGGUUAAAGUUAAAGUGAGCGUUAAAGUGGCGGUUAAAGCAAACGUUAAAGCAAACCAAAGGAAGCAGCCCAAUGCCAAGUGGGGCCUUAUGUGUCUUAAAUGCUAUAGCUAAGUGUAAUCAGAUUUUAUUUGAGUAAUGUGAAUUUAAAUUAAAUGGUCUAAGCCUAAGAUUUAAGCUAGUCGACAGUGGAAAAUUAAAAGUUAAAGAAAGGGAGUCCGAAACCAGCCAACAGGAUUUGUUGGUCCCCCAAUGGGUCUCGUAUUUGUUAUGCAAUCGAUUGACUAAGUACAUGAAUAAGUGUCAGCUUUAAUAAUUUAGUGAACGUGUCUUAAUCUAAGUCGAGCCACACAAACACACCCCACACACUCGACACACACACUUAUACACUCUCAAUUGACUGUGAACCGAUUGAAAUCUCUUUAAUCUCAAACCGAUACCUAUUUCUCGCAUCCAGCGCUUUUCCUCCUCUACACAGAAAAAUGUACACCUACAGUGCGUUUCAAAGCCAUAUGGUCAUGAGUUCAAAUAAAUUGAUAUAUCCAUAAUGUAUUUAUUCUAUAAUUUUUAAAGCUUAAGCUUGAAGUUUUUAACUGAAUAUUUCUUAAUUGAUUCUAGCCAUUAAAUGCGACCGUACAUCCAAUACUAUUCUUUUAUAAGUUGUUCAACACUUGUAGUAUAGAUCUUGAAUGAAACGCAUUGUACACAAUUUCAACUUCCAACAGCAAUACUUUCGACCUAGAUACCUUGCCACACCAUAUCAUGCCACACACCUGCCAAAGCGCACAGUUCGCG